AUGGCCGCGGCCGCGCCCUCGCCCUCCCGCAACCGUCCCGAGGGACCUCCCUCGGAGGAGGAGGCGGCGAGGGACUGGGCGGGGCUGCCGUGGGACGCGCUGCUGGCCGUGCUCCACAGGCUGGACCACGUCGACGUCCUCAUGGGCGCCGGCCUGGUGUGCAGCCCCUGGCGCUGCGCGGCGCGGAACGAGCCGGAGCUGUGGCGCCGCGUCGAGGUGCGCUCCCACGCCGACCGCCCCACUCACGUCGCAGCGCCCUCCCGCGCCAGACGCCACUCCUCCGCCGUCCUCUGUGGGCUGGCGCGCGCCGCCGUGAAGCGCGCCGCGGGGCAGUGCGAGGCCUUCUGCGGCGAGGGCGCUGUGGACGACAGCGUCCUCUCCCUCCUCGCCGACGUGGCGCCUUCGCUGAAGAGCCUCCGGAUCAUCUCCGGCGACAGGAUCGUCGACGAGAGGCUCAGGCUCACCAUCACGAACUUCGCCCUUCUGGAGGAGCUGGAGCUCUCGCUUUGCACCGACGUCUACCCAGGGACGUGCGAGGCCGUCGGCAGCGCCUGCCCUCUCCUCAAGCGCUUCCGUCUGAGCAAGAAUCAGUUCUGCAAGUGGAACACCAAGAACAUCGACCAGGAGGCCAUGGCCAUCGCCACCAUGGGCGGGCUGCGGUCGCUUCAGCUCUUCGCCAACCCUCUCAGCGACGACGGGCUGGCGGCCAUCCUUGACGGAUGCCCGCGCCUCGAAUCUCUCGACAUCCGCCACUGCUUCAACGUUGGGAUGGGCGCUGCUGCGAUCCGAGCACGGUGUCCUGGGAUCGAGACGCUGAGGCUCCCGGGUGACUCGACGAUGGAUUACGAUCUGAAGUUCUCUCACCCGGAUAUGACCCCGUGGAACACCCAGGACGAGCAUCACUGUGAUUGGCACGAGUUGGUCUAUUUCAGUUCAUGGUAG